UCCCAGGUCUUCCAGAGACGUAACACUGGGCAGCUGGACUUCUUCAAGCGCUGGCGGACCUACGUGGAAGGCUUUGGGGAUCCCAUGAAGGAGUUCUGGCUUGGACUUGACAAGCUACACAAUCUCACUGCUGGCACCCCUACCCGCUACGAGGUGAGAGUGGACCUGCAGACUGCGAACGAAUCUGCCUAUGCUGUGUAUGAUUCCUUCCAGGUGGCCUCCAGCAAGGAGCGGUACAGGCUCACAGUUGGGAAAUACAGAGGCACAGCAGGGGAUGCUCUUACUUACCACAAUGGAUGGAAGUUCACAACUUUUGACAGAGACAAUGAUAUUGCCCUUAGCAACUGUGCCCUGACCCAUCAUGGUGGCUGGUGGUACAAGAACUGCCACCUGGCCAACCCCAAUGGCAGAUACGGGGAGACCAAACACAGUGAGGGGGUGAACUGGGAGCCGUGGAAAGGACAUGAAUUCUCCAUUCCUUAUGUGGAGUUGAAAAUCCGCCCUCAUGGCUACAGUGGGGAGCAUGUCCUGGACAGAAAGAAGUGGACACUAGGAGAAAAUUCGAGAACGUUCUGAUGGCCUAUCGGAGCAGUCAUCACACGAGACAAGACCGGCCCAGAGUUGGGGCUGUGUAGGCUUGGGGCAGGGUGGGUGGUGGUGACUGGUUCAUGGAAGUUUGGGGGAUGCUCCUGGCCUCUGGUUUCUGAGAUGGCUGGAUAACCUUCAGGACAAAGCACGUGACCAAGCUUCAGACCAUACAGGUUAUUUCCCUUGGUUACCUGCGUUUUUGCCCAUCUAUAUACUGGGGUCCCGAAAAUCAACCAAUGGUAGAAUAUGAGAAAGACGACUCCUGACUGCAAGGUUUUUCAGUCUAUCUUCAGUAACAAAUAUACAGGAUUGGGCGGGGAGGGGGAAAAGAAAUAAUCAUUUAGCACUUCACCAAUUGGAAAUCUCUGGAAAUUGGUAUAUAUAUAUAUAUAUGUAUAUAUAUAUAUGUAAAGCUCUGCUACUAGAAAUCUUUUCCUUAGAAAGAAGCACCAAGGAAGGGUUCGCUUUGAUGGCAAAGGGGCUAAAGUCUGAUGCUUGUUAUCUCCCAUAACCACUGGGUUUUGAGAAAAAAAGCUAUAAAUCUUUCCCCGUUUAAAAAAUGCUAGUGUUAGGAGGAAGAACAAAGGAAGAACCAUGAGGGACCGAGAUGGAUUACCGUCUAGCUAAGUUAGGACCAGUGUCCAGCAUACUGGAAACCAAGCUUCUGUGUUAAACUGCUCUUCUCGAGGGCCCCCUUCCCACCCAUCUGCAUAUUCACUUGCAUAGAUCUGCAUAUGUUGUGAAUAAAUUCUCACUCAUUUCAACUUUAAAUAAUUUGACUGUUUUGAUGAUUGAUUCCUCCCAAAGACUCUUCUGUGACUCCCGUUCAUGCCCUCCAGUCCUCAGCCCCGCUCCCUUCCCUGGCCCCCCACAUGGUCGGACCCUUAGGUUUCCUGAAGCUGCUCCGAGAUGGAGGUGUACUGUUUGAAUGGGCACUUGGCCAGUCGGAUCCCUGGGGCUUAUUUUCCUGUGACUCUGGAAGGUUUUUCUGUAGUGAAGUCCGUGAUCAUUAUUAAAGUAACUUAAAUUCCUAUUCA